AUGGUCGCUGAGCUUGAGUUUGUCCGUCGUUACCUGCAAAAGACCGGGCGCUUAGACACGCUCAAAGUUUUGAAUGAAGGAAAAACGACCCUGAGUUUUCCAAUUCAAAAACCGCCGAAGAGAAAAAUAGUCAAUGUUGAUGACAGUAAACCAAAAAAGCAGAGUUUGAGCAGACAAAGCAAGAUUUCGGAAAAGGAACUACCGAAAAAGGAAGAAGUGCCUAAAAAAUUCAAGAAGAUUGCAAAAAAGUUUGGACUGCCUGAAGAGCAUCUUGAUAUUUUCUACGAAUACCGUGAAUGCUUCCACUGGGAAACGAUUGGGGAGAAGAAAAUCCAUUGUACUGUUCGGGGAUGCGAUUUCAAUGUCCCUGCCAAGAGAAAAGCUCUUGUCGAUCAUAUGACGAAUGAGCACGCUUAUGGGAAUUAUCCUUGCGACAAGCCAUUCUGCCGAUUCGUUGGCUACUCGACCGGUUGCAUUCGUAAGCACGAGACAAUGUUUCACGGAGAAGGCAGAAGAGUCCCGAGUCGAAAGUACAGUUUCCCCUGUAAAUACUGCCCGUUUCAUGGUAAAGACAAUCACGUGCUGGAAAAGCAUCUUCGAAUCCAUGAAAAUCGACUGAUAAAGUGCGAGUACUGCAAUUACACAUCUGCCAACGAGCAGCAUACUCAUGAACACAUUCUCCACCACUUUCAAGUUCGUAAUCAUCAUUGCAGUUUGUGUGAAACAUCAUUUAUCACCAAAGCCGGGCUCAAGAACCACAUCCGCAUUCAUUUGAAGGACUUUACUUGUAUUUCAUGCAGUGAGUCUUUUGAAACCAGAAAGAAUUACGACCAUCAUGUAAAAAGCUGCAAAGUUCGACUAUCCAAAUUUUGUUAA